AUGAAACUCACAAAGUUUUAUUCGCUGGCCCUUUUGUUCGCCUGCCAGGCCCUCGCUAGUUCGGCUCCACCCGAAUCCAGCCUGCAACAACGAACCGCCCCAGAAUUUGGGUCACCAGCUUCACUUCACAAUGCUCUUCCAGAAUCCCUCUCUAAACGUCAAAAUGUAGACGGUCCAGACUCUGCAGCUGGCGAGCCAGGCCAUGGUGGUCGUCGCACAAUAAAAACCACACCAGCCCAGCGUCGGACUUUUCGUAUCGCUCAUGGAACAAUCAUGGGAGUUGCUUUCACAAUUGGGUUCCCAUCCGGUGCCAUAUUCAUUCGUGUCUUAAAACCUCCAAAUCAUGUCUACAUCCACGCCGCCACUCAAAUAUUCUCUACAGCCAUGGCAUUCACUGGGAUGGGGCUGGGGAUCUGGCUCGGCCUUAAUGUUCGAUAUCUAGAUUACCUCCACACGAUUAUCGGUUUUGCUGUUAUGGCCUGUUUAGUCAUCCAACCAAUCAUCGGGCUGAUCCAUCACAUCAGAUACAAAAAGGUCAAGACAUCUACGUGGUGGGGCUUCAUUCACAGAUGGUACGGCAGGGUGAUCGUAGUCCUCGGCAUCGUAAACGGCGGGCUAGGGCUCAUGUUGGCAGAAAAUACUCGGGCGGGAGAGAUCGCAUAUGCUGUCGUAGCCGGACUCGCCGGAUUCACGUACCUAAUGGUAGUGGUACAAUGGAUAUUUAGGACUAGAGCCGUGGAGAAAAGUAUGCAGAAGCAGAAAAAGGAUUAUAUGGAACCCGCCGGAGAGUCAAGGGAGGCUGUGGGGUUGAUGCCUGUUUCCUGA